AUGGCCGCCGUGUCGGAGAUCCCUGUCGUGUUCUUAGACCGCGGAGAGGAGAAGAAUUACGGAAACAUAUCAAUAUCCGCGGCACUGGAUUACAAUCUAUUCGUGUCGACCGUGAGUGGGAUGAUCGGCUUAUUGCCAAAUCAAAAAGUAUCCAUUUACAAAAUGAAGAACCCGUUUACUCCGGCGACAGGUCCAGAGUUGGAGCUCGUCGAUGAUAAGAUCGACUUCGGGUUACUUUGUAGUCAGAAGAACAUAAUUUUCCAAGUGGUUUUGGGAAGAUCGGAUUCAGAAAUGUCAAGAAACUCACCGGAGAGGACCCAUGGAGUUGAGGGUAGUAAUAACUUGGAGAAUAAUAUGUCCGCGGAGGUCCCUGUCGUGUUCUUUGACGGAAAAGAGAAGAAGAGUCUCGGAAACAUAUCAAUAUCUCCGGCACUGGAUUACAAGCUAUUCAUGUCAACAGUGGGUCAGAUUAUUGGCAUAUUGCCAAAUCAAGAAAUAUCCAUUUACCACACAAAGAACCCGUAUGUUCCGGAGACGUGUCCAGAUUUGACCCCCGUCGAUGAGAAGAUCGACUUCGGGUUACUUUGUAGUCAGAAGGAUAUCACCUUUGAAGUGGUUUUGGAAAGAUCAGAUUCGAAAAUGUCAAGAGACUCACAGGAGAGGAGCCAUGGAGACGAGGGUAGUAAUAUCUUGGAGAAUAAUAUGGCGGUGGAAAUCCCUGUCGUGGUCUUUGACGGAGAUGAUGAGAAUAAUUUCGGAAACAUAUCAAUAUCUCCGGCAACGGAUUACAAGCUGUUCGUGUCGACGGUGGGUCAUUUUAUCGGCACAUUGCCAAAUCAAAAAAUAACCAUUUACCACACAAAGCACCCGUAUGCUCGGGCGACGGGUCCAGAGUUGAACCCCGUCGAAGAGAAAACCGACUUCGGAUUACUUUGUAGUCAGAAGGACAUAGUCUUCCUAGUGGUUUUGGGAAGAUCGGGUUCGGAAAUGUCAAGAAACCCAUCAGAGAGGACCCCUUCACCACAACCGGUCCCCACGUCUGAGAACUUGGAACCUACCCAUCGCAAUGAACCGGCGGCGGUGGAUAAAGAAGCUGUUUCCAGUACUUGA